AUGAGCUUGUCCUGGCUCUUCCUCCUCUUCUGCAGCCACCUGAUCCUCAGCGCUUGGGCUCACGGGGAGAAGCGUCUCAUUCCCGAAGGGCAACCCGAGGCUCCAAGGAACCCCGGAGACUCCAGCGGCGGCCGGGGCAGAAGUAGCACGACGUCUUCCUCAUCUUCUGCCUCCUCACCAGUCGCGGCUUCCCCGGGCAGCCAAGUAAGCGGCUCGGAGCACAGCAGCUUCCAGUGGAGCCCUUCGGGGCGCCGGACCGGCAGCCUGUACUGCAGAGUGGGCAUCGGCUUCCAUCUGCAGAUCUACCCGGAUGGCAAAGUCAAUGGCUCCCACGAAGCCAGUAUGUUAAGUAUUUUGGAAAUAUUUGCUGUGUCUCAGGGGAUUGUAGGAAUACGAGGAGUUUUCAGCAACAAAUUUUUAGCGAUGUCAAAAAAAGGAAAACUCCAUGCAAGUGCUAAAUUUACAGAUGACUGUAAGUUCAGGGAGAGGUUUCAAGAAAACAGCUAUAAUACCUACGCGUCAGCAAUCCACAGAACUGAAAAGACUGGGCGGGAGUGGUACGUGGCCCUGAACAAGAGAGGGAAAGCCAAAAGGGGCUGCAGCCCGCGGGUCAAACCCCAGCACGUCUCCACCCACUUCCUACCCAGAUUCAAGCAGUCAGAGCAACCUGAACUUUCCUUCACGGUCACUGUACCAGAAAAGAAAAAGCCACCUCGUCCUGUGAAACCAAAGGUCCCCCUGUCGCCACCUCGCAGAAGUCCCAGCCCAGUGAAGUACAGAUUGAAGUUUCGCUUUGGAUGA